GUGCUGAGGGUGAAGAUGGCUUCCAGACAGCAGGUGCACAGUUUGACCGAGGAGGUAAUCUGUCCCAUUUGUCUGGAUUUCUUCACUGAUCCGGUUAUACUGGAUUGUGAACACAACUUCUGCCGCUCCUGUAUCACCCGGAGUUGGGGAGAUAGAGAGAGAAACUCCUGCCCGGAAUGUAGACAGGAGAUUCCGGACAGAAACCUCAGAGGAAACCGGGCCUUAGCGAAUCUGGCCGAGAAAGCUCGAAGAUUAAGUCUGAAUCCAGAAGAGAAGGAAAGUAAACAUCACUGUGAGGAACAUCAGGAAGAACUGAAGCUGUUUUGUGAAACUGACAAGAAAUUGAUGUGUGUGAUUUGUGUAGUUUCACCGGAACACAAAUCUCACAACUUCCUGCCGAUUAAAGACGCUGUUGGAAUCUACAAGGAUCAGGUGAAAUCUUCCUUGGAUUCUCUGACAGGGAAGAAAUGGGCGACUCUCAAAAUGCAGCAGCAGCAGAAACAGAAGAUUUCCCAAAUUCGGGAAGAAUCCAGCCGUGUGCAGACCGACAUCAAAUCCGAGUUUGUCAAAAUGCAUCAGAUGCUGACUGAGAGAGAGCAGAGUUUACUCCGAGAUAUCCGGGAACAAGAGGAAAACAUUCUCAAAACAAUGGAGCAAAACCUUUAUGUAAUUCAAAAGCAUUUAAAUUCUCUUCAGCAGAAACUUUCCAAGUUAGAAAAACAGUUGGAACAAAAGGAUGGAGUGAUAUUUCUGAAGGAGGAAGCGUUUCAGAAGAGGAGGAUUAAUGACAUGACUCACGAACUGUCAAUUACAGAUGGUAUUCUGUCCACUGAAAAAUUUGAAAACCUUUUCCCGUUUGCUGUGUGGAAUACCACUAAACCUGUCUCUGUGACCGUGGAUGUGGAAACAGCGAGUCCCUAUUUCGAGGUGUCUGAGGAUCUGAUGAGGUUGAGAAGGACUGGGACCCAGAGGAGUCUCCCUUACACCAAGAAGAGAUUUACAUACUGGGCUUCUGCCCUGGGAUCAGAGGGAUUCACAUCGGGGAGACAUUACUGGGAGGUGGAGGUGCCGGAGGCUCCGGGCUGGAGUCUGGGAGUAGCCUCAGAGUCUGUGGAGAGGAAGACAUGCGUCAGUCUGAUCCCGGGGAAUGGAUUCUGGAUUGUGGGGCGGGAUUGGGAUAAUUGUUAUAUAAAUUUGCCAUCCUUUCUCUGUGCACGUCAGAUACUCAGGAAGGUGGGAGUUUGUCUCAGUUAUGAAUCUGGGACAGUUUCAUUUUACAACGCGGACACCAAGUCCCAUCUCCGCACCUUCACUAGGAAUAGAUUCACUGAGAAACUUUAUCCUUUCUUUGGGAUUUGGAAUAAAGACCAGUUUCUGAGAAUCUGUCAUGCAAGGGACGGUGCCUUGUAACCUACCUAACAUUGCAACGCUACCCUGGGGUUAGGGUCUGGGUCAGGGAUUGGCGUCAGGCACCCCCAUUGACAACAGGUUGUUGUAAAAUGUGUUGUUGAAUUUUGAGAUUAUAUUUUGUAAAAUCACAACCGAAAUGUAAAUAAAGCAUUUCCAAGUAUAAAUGUC